UCCUUGUGCUGUGUGCUGCAUUCACCAGGAUUCUCAGCGCUCACCGAAUCCAUCUCUUCCCUUCUGCCUGGUUGUCCAGGAGUCCAGGGGAGCAUCAUGAAGAUGCUGCAGGGAGACCUCCCGCUGACCCUUCUCCAGCUUUUCCUGCUGAUUGGGAGUGGUCUUACCCAACAGGUGGGCAUCAAGGUACCCCCAGAAGGUGGCACAGGGGGUAAAGGAUCCACUAUAAUUAUCCCUGGAGUGGACAGAACAUCCUCCUUCCAAGAUUGUCCUGUUGAUAUCUUCUUUGUGCUGGAUACAUCAGAAAGUGUUGCUCUCCGUGUGAAACCUUUCAAGACCUUGGUGAAUCAAGUCAAGGAUUUUACCAAUACAUUUAUAGACAAACUGACAUCCAGGUAUUACCGUUGUGAUCGGAACCUUGUGUGGAAUGCUGGUGCUCUGCACUACAGUGAUGAAGUGAAACUUAUUCGUGGACUUAGCCGUCUACCCAAUGAAAAAGAAGCCCUUAAAGAAAGUGUAAGAAGAGUUGAAUACAUUGGGAAAGGAACUCACACUGACUGUGCCAUCAGAAGAGGCAUUGAGGAGGUCCUCAUUGGAGGUUCCCACCAGAGAGAGAAUAAGUAUCUAAUUGUGGUGACAGAUGGACACCCCUUGGAGGGAUACAAGGAACCCUGUGGGGGACUUGAAGAUGCUGCUAAUGAAGCCAAACAACUGGGCAUAAAAAUCUUUUCUGUUGCAAUUUCACCAAAUCAUCUGGAACCUCGUCUUAGCGUUAUUGCAUCUGAUCCAAACUACCGCAAGAACUUUACUGCUACUAGCACCACUGGACUCACCGCUCAGGAGAUAGACAGUACUAUUGAUGCCAUUAUAGAUACCAUUAAAAUUAACGCUGAGCAUGGGUGCUGCUCUUAUGAGUGUCGGCCUCCAAGAGGCCCAGUAGGAGAUAGAGGCUCUCCCGGUUUUGAGGGAGAAAAUGGGCGGCCAGGACUUCCAGGACUUCCUGGGUUGUCAGGAGAUCCGGGAAGACAAGGUGAUAUUGGGCCUGCUGGAUACCAGGGAAUGAAGGGUGAUCAAGGUGUAAGAGGCGAGAAGGGUGGAAGAGGUGCCAAAGGAUCAAAAGGUGAUAAAGGCAAGAGAGGAGUUGAUGGAAUUGAUGGACAGAAGGGGGAUGAUGGAUUCUCUGGACUCUCUGGAUGCAAAGGAUCCCCUGGGUUUGAAGGAGAACCAGGGUCACCUGGACCCAAAGGAGAUCCUGGAUCAUAUGGACCCAAAGGAGUCAAGGGAGAAUCAGGAAUUCCAGGUGUUGCAGGUAGAGCUGGGAGCAUUGGAAAUACAGGAGACAAGGGAGAUCCAGGGACAAAUGGUGCACCUGGAGAGAAGGGAGAGUCUGGGGAUGAGGGAGAUGCUGGAUUAGAUGGGCCUCCAGGUGAAAGGGGAGGACCUGGAGAGCGUGGCCCUCCUGGGGUGUCUGGAGCACGUGGACCCAGAGGAGACAGGGGUGAACCAGGACAGCAAGGUGACCAAGGACGAGAUGGACCAGUUGGCCCCAGCGGGGAUCCAGGUGAACUUGGACCCGAGGGAGCAAAAGGGUACAGAGGUGAUGAAGGUCCUCCUGGACCAGAGGGGCCUAAAGGACCAAGAGGUGCAAAAGGAUUACCCGGAGAGCAGGGAGUGGCAGGAGAGAGGGGAGAAGAUGGCCUUCCAGGAAAUGGCACUGAUGGAUUCCAAGGUUUCCAGGGUUAUCCCGGAGCUCGUGGAGAACGUGGAACUAAUGGAACAAAGGGGUAUCCUGGACCAAAAGGAGAUGAGGGAGAGCCUGGAGACCCUGGCGAGGAUAAUCUAAUUCCAGGCCCAGUUGGUGCUAAAGGAGCAAAAGGCUACAGAGGAUCAGAGGGACCACCAGGAUCACAAGGACCUCCAGGACCCCCAGGCCCGGAUGAGUGUGAGAUUCUGGAUAUUAUAAUGAAAAUGUGCUCUUGCUGUGAAUGCAUCUGUGGUCCUAUUGAUGUCCUCUUUGUGGUUGAUAGUUCGGAGAGUAUUGGUUAUUCUAACUUCCAACUAGCCAAAGAAUUUAUUAUAAAAGUCAUUGAUCGUCUGGCCCGGGAUGAACACGUUAAGUUUGAUUCUGGGGACUCUCGGGUUGGGGUGGUACAAUACAGUCAUGGGAACACUCAAGAAUCUGUGGCCAUGGGAGAUGCCAAUAUCCAGUCUAUUGGCCAGUUAAAGGAAGCAGUGAAGAAUUUGGGCUGGAUUGCAGGUGGAACAUGGACAGGAGAGGCACUUGCUUUUACAAAGGACAAUCUUCUUAAACGGUUUGCAUCUGAUAAGAGAGUGGCAUUGGUGCUGACUGAUGGCCACUCUGACAUCUUGAGAGACAAAACUCCACUAAAUACACUGUGUGAGGUCACUCCAGUGGUCUCACUAGGGGUGGGUGACAUAUUCCAAUCUGCCGCUAACCCAGACCAGCUUGAGGAAAUAUCAUGUGGGGGGCCAGCGAUCACACAGGGCUUGUCCUUGCAGAGGACAAGUUAUGCAGAGCUCCUAGAUGAUGCCUUCCUUCACAAUGUAACUGCUCAUAUUUGCAAAGAGAAGAAGUGCCCAGAUUAUACCUGCCCCAUUUCUUUUCAGGUUCCAGCUGAUAUCACUCUGCUUGUAGACAGUUCUGCCAGUGUAGGCAGUCGAAACUUCCUGACCAGCAAGAGCUUUAUAAAGCGUGUUGCAGAACGUUUCCUCACUGCUAAGAGUCCAGCACUGGACUCUGUACGUCUGUCUGUGAUGCAGUACAGUGGACCUACUCAGCAAAGGGUUGAAGUUCAGUUCCUGUCAAAUUAUACCGAAGUUGUGAAAGCAGUGGACAACAUGGAAUUCAUGAAUGGUGCCACAGAUCUGGGAGCAGCCUUGCGUACAUUAACCGAACUUUAUCGUGAAGAUGCCAUGCCUGGUGCAAGUAAGAAGCUACUAGUUUUCUCUGAUGGAAACACAGAUCAAGAAGAUAAUCUCCUAGAGGCAGUUCGGGAAGCACGGGCAGCGGGUAUAGAGAUCUCUGUUUUGGCCGUGGGCAGUCGACCUAAUGAGGCUAACCUUAGGAUUCUGCUGACAGGUGCCCCAGCAGACAUCACUGCACCUUUCCCUGACAGAAACCUUUUCCGUAUACCUGAUUAUCCUUCUCUUCUUAGAGGUGUUCUGUACCAGACCGUCACACGCAGAGUUUCCCUCAACCCAAACCAGUAGGGGCAUAGACCAAGCAGCUCUUUACCUGAUGACACACCAAGCCUGAGACUGUAUCCCAUAGACAUUGUAUCUUGAGAUUAUAAUUGGGGGAUACCAUCCCUGCUUCCCAGAAAUCCCACCCUAAACCUCACAGUCCCUCAUACUCAUUCUUUGACCCACAAAUGUAUCAUCAGAAAUAUUGAUAAGAUGAUUGCAAUCAACUCAUCUCGUGUACUUUCCUCAAAUACUGAUUUAAACACUCAUCAAAAAGUAACAUUACAAUUUUUAGAAUGCCAUGGUUAGUUUAAUGACCUUUGUGUUGGACCUUUAAGGGUUAGGCAUGAGAGUUAAUUUGUUUGUGCAUAUAUACCAACAUGCCAGUGCAUUCUAAAAAAAUUGGUUUGGCUUGCAAUGUUUUAUUAUAGAGUCUAAAUAUUUGGUAAGUGUCACAAGAUCAUGUGUUCUAGAUAAAACAGCUUAUAAACAAAAUGGCCAUGCAAUGUGGGAAAAAGCUGCAAGAGAAUUUAUUGGAUGGGUAAAAGGUGAUGAUGGUGGAACUGUGUGGUCUACAUGAGUGGGGCUACACAAUGUAUAGGUAAGCAGGAAGGGGAGCAUAAAGAACCAUAUUUAACAAAGAAAAAUAUAUUUCCUAUAUUAAUUUCCUUGUUAACAUGCAGUUCUAGCAUACCCAAUUUGGUGCCCAUAGAGGGUUCGUUUAGUGCGCAAUACGAUUUCAUCUCAGUGCACACAACAAUUCAAACUUCAGGUCUUUACAUGCUUUGGGAUCCAAAUGACUAUAGGUUUUCUCUUCAUCCAAGUGAAGCUUUCCCAAACACAAUGAGAUGUUUACACCUUUUGGACUAAAUCCAGGGUUUCAAUAAGUUGGAAAGUCUAUGGUGCAGGGAUUUGCAGCUGUUCAAACCUAUUAAGAACUAAAUGUGCGCAAAGGUUUCUUAUGAUAAUUGUAAAAUCAUCAGAAAUUUUAUUGAAAUGAAAUACACUUACAAAGAUUCCAAUAGGGCUGUGUGUUCAUGCAGUAGGAUAACUGUGAAUAUCAAAUAACCAUUUGAAGCCUAAAAUACAAUCUCAUGGCCCAUGACCAUAAAAAGAGUUGUACAUUUCCUUUGUGUUUGGCAGUGCAGAGUCUGAGAAUCUGCACAAAUAUACACAUUUGGUUUGAAGCUUUUUUUUUACAUACGCAUUGUAAUUUCUUUUCAUUUUUUAAAUUAAAUUAGAAAUUAGCAAAAAACACACGAAUCCCUAAUUUAGCAUUUUUACAGUAAAAAGGUGCAUCAUUUCAACACCUCUGGCUGUGCAUGCGAAAUAUGUGAGUAUUCAGAUGUGUAUGUACACGGACUGCCAUGUGAUGCACCCUAGUACUGUAGAGGUUCAACAUAGGAUUUUUAUUGGUGCUAUAUUCAGGAAAAGUGAUUUGUUAUAACCAAAACUAUCAUUCUGUAUGGAUGCUAUCUGCCAUUAGUAAAUUGUGUCACUGGUGCUUGGUGGGUUGUAAAGUAUGACAGUGAAAUAAACAGUUCACUUGAUGGGGGUUGUGGCCCUCAAUGUUACACAACCUCUAGUCAUUUUGUCUUGGAAUAAAAGGUUUACCCACC